AGGUUGUCCAUGUUUUCAUCCUAUCAGUACCGUGCCCUCCUCACUUACUCCAGACAGACACAAACUGCUAGCUGACAAGGAUUUUCCAUGGCUGCAAACUCUCAGUGUGUACUUCUUGUUAUAUUGCUUAAUUUUCUGACAUUAUCACUUGGCACUCAAGAUGACCUUAUGAUCAGUACAAGCGAUGGGAAAAUUCAAGGGAAAUUGCUUUCUGUGCUGGGUUCGGAUGUUAGAGCCUUUCUUGGAAUUCCCUAUGGAAAACCACCUGUUGGGAAAUUAAGAUUCAGAGCGCCAGAGCCAGUAGAGAAAUGGGAUGGUGUGAAGGAUGCUACCAACUUUCCAAAUUCCUGCUACCAGAUGCCUGAUACAGCCUUUCCUGGGUUCAAAGGUGUAGAAAUGUGGAACCCAAACACUCCUCUGAGUGAGGACUGUCUGUACCUCAAUGUCUGGUCGCCACGUUUCAACAAAACGCAGCCUGCACCACUUGCCCCUGUCUUUGUCUGGAUUCAUGGUGGUGGGUUCAUCUCAGGAACAUCGUCAUUGGACAUUUACGACGGCCGUUUCCUGAGUAAAUCUGAAAGUGUUGUUGUGGUAUCAAUGAAUUACAGAUUGGGAGCGUUUGGUUUCCUGUCUCUUCCCGACAACACAAAUAUCCAGGGUAAUGCAGGCCUUUUGGACCAACGCCUGGCUCUUAAAUGGGUUGCAAAUAAUAUUGCAGCUUUUGGUGGUGAUCCUUCUAAGGUUACUCUGUUCGGAGAAAGUGCUGGGUCUGCAUCUGUUGGCUUCCAGCUGCUCUCGCCGGGCAGCCAGGAUCUUUUUCAAAGGGCUGUGAUGCAGAGUGGCUCCCCCAAUGCAUACUGGGGCACAAUUAGUCAGACUGAGGCCUGGGACAGGUCUCUUAUGCUGGCAAAACUGGUGGAUUGUCCCUCAUCUCCUGCAGCUCGUCUAGAAGCUUGUCUGCAGCAGGCUGAUCCUCAAAAAGUCUCAACCAAGCAAUUUGAGGUUCUCACUCAAUCGUCACUAUUAAGUCUUCCCUUUAUGCCUCAUGUUGAUGGGAACUUCUUACCAGAUGCAGUUGAUGUGAGUACCCAUAUUUGGCAUUUGGUUGACUUUCUUUAAGAAAUAUUUUUUUCGCUACAUCAUGCAUCUCCAAUAAGUGCUGUUCAUACUUGGGUUUAAGGCAGUGUUUCCCAACCACUGUGCCGCGGCACAUGGGUGUGCUGUGAAAAAUGAUCAGGUGUGCCGUGGAUGAUUAACUGGUUCCACCUGAGUAACGGGCAGAACAAUUACAUUCUCUUCAAAUAGAGGGCAAUACAACUAUCUGCUCUAAUUAAAUUGGUUGCCAACUGACAGUAAAAUAGUAGAAGACGAAGAAUAAAUGACAUAAUAAUCAUGCUGUGAGUGAGACAACGCAGCACAUAAUAGCAAUAGAUACAUAUUUGAAAAGAAAAAGUAGUCAAUCUGACCUGGAUCCUGGAAAAACUUCCUACCCAGAUGAGCAAAUUUUCCUAUAUUUGGUGCGCGGGAAAAAUAUCAAUG